GAUGGUGUGUACCGGAGGUGACGUAAGGAACGUCCCGGAAGUGUAGCCGGGUAGGUGAGCGUCUGGUUUUCAGGAUCCAGUAGUGUCCGCGCUCCUGGAAGAGGAGAAAAAAGUUGAAACUCCAGAAGCGGCAGAACGAUGGCGGAGUUCGCAAAGCUGGGGCUGGCGUCGUGGCUGGUGGCGCAAUGUCGCCAGCUGGGCCUGAAGCAUCCCACGCCGGUGCAGCAGAACUGUGUCCCCGCUAUUCUAGAGGGUCGAGACUGCAUGGGAUGUGCCAAGACUGGCAGUGGCAAGACUGCUGCUUUUGUUCUCCCUAUUCUGCAGAAGUUGUCUGAGGACCCCUUUGGCAUUUUCUGCCUUGUGCUGACUCCCACCAGGGAGCUGGCUUAUCAGAUUGCUGAGCAGUUCCGUGUUCUUGGAAAGCCCUUGGGACUGAAGGAUUGUAUCAUUGUUGGAGGAAUGGACAUGGUGGCCCAGGCCCUGGAACUAUCCCGCAAGCCCCACGUGGUCAUCGCAACGCCAGGCCGCCUGGCUGAUCACCUCCGAAGCUCCAAUACAUUCAACAUCAAGAAGAUACGUUUUUUGGUGAUGGAUGAGGCUGACCGGCUGCUGGAACAGGGCUGCACCGAUUUCACCAAAGACUUGGAAGUGAUUUUUGAUGCAGCCCCAGCCCAGCGGCAGACACUUCUCUUCAGCGCCACCCUUACUGACACAUUAAAGGUUCUCCAGGGCAUUGCUACUAAUAAGCCCUUCUUCUGGGAGGCCCCAGCUGAGGUCCGCACUGUGGAGCAGCUGGACCAGCGCUACUUGCUGGUGCCUGAGAAGGUCAAGGACGCCUACCUCGUGCAUCUGAUCCAGACCUUCCAAGAUGAGCAUGAGGACUGGUCCAUCAUCAUCUUCACCAGCACGUGCAAGACCUGCCAGGUAUUGAACAUGAUGCUGAGGAGGUUCAAUUUCCCUUCUGUUGCACUGCAUUCCAUGAUGAAGCAGAAAGCUCGCUUUGCUGCUUUGGCCAAAUUCAAGUCUAGCGUCUACCGGAUCUUGAUUGCAACAGAUGUGGCAUCUCGAGGCUUGGAUAUUCCCACGGUGCAGGUUGUCAUCAAUCAUAAUACUCCAGGCCUUCCUAAGAUCUAUAUCCACCGGGUAGGGCGGACUGCCCGGGCAGGGCGCGACGGCAUUGCCAUCACCCUGGUGACUCAGUAUGACAUACACCUGCUGCACGCUAUCGAGGAAGAGAUCAAGAUGAAGCUGAAAGACUUCAGUGUGGAGGAGGCCACCGUCCUCAAAAUCCUCACCCAGGUCAACGUGGUCCGAAGAGAGUGUGAGAUUAAACUGGAGGCCACAGACUUUGAUGAGAAGAAAGAGAUCAAUAAGAGAAAGCAGCUGAUCCUGGAAGGGAAGGACCCAGACCUCGAGGCUAAGAGGAAGGCAGAGCUGGCCAAGAUCAGGCAGAAGAAUCGGCAGUUCAAGGAGCAGGUGAUGCAGACACUGCAGAGGCGGAAGGCCUUGAGACUGAAGAGGAAACAGCAGCGGAAGCAGCAGUGGCAGCAGCAGCGGCAGCAGCGGCAACAGCAGCCACUGCCAUCACCGAAGGCCAAGGAGAAGAAAAAGUGAAGGCCUUGAGGCCCAGGGUCAGACCUUGCCCCCACCCUGCUCCAGAGCAAACAUCUGGGGCUGAGGACUGCCGCCCCCACCCUUUCCGCAAUGCUGGGAUGGAGCCAAAUCUAGGCUUCUAGAGGAUGCCUGGCUCCAGCCACAGCUGUGCCUUUUGACCAACCUACAAUAAAGAGUAUUAUUUAUUGAAUUCUGCAACUUCUGAAUCCCACCUGCCCUCUUCAGCCCCUGUGGCUCUGCAAAGGGCAAGAGGGAGGAUGGGGAAUGGGACAGCAGAAUAGGAAGAAUACCAGAGCAGGAGCCAAAGACUUGGAUUCUAGGCCUGAUUUUUUCCCUCUGAUUCUGUGUGAACAUGGCCAAGUCCCUUCUCUCCUUGCUCCUGGGAUAUAUACUGAAGCAUCCAUGGAGGCACUCUUCAGUACCAAAAGACUGGAAAAAAUCUGACAAAUGGCUGGGCAAACUGUCAUCGUCAUCAUCAUCAUCAUCGUGAGAGCUGCCAUUCUGUAACUCCUCCUAUGGGCAGGCACUUUACACUCAGGCCUCCCUUCUACACCAAGACUUUGCCCAUCAAGUUUCGCUAUACCGAGGCAUAAGAAAUGAAAUGGGAAUUCAGGGAGAGUUGGUUGUAGAAGGUGCAGAUGACAGAAAAUGUUUAGGAACUCAGAAAUGUAUAAAAUGUAUCUAUAGUAUAAUAUCAACAUAGUUUAUCUUUUAAUGCCAUAAAUAUACACAAUUUCUUUUUUAAAGCUAAAA